UUGCUUUGUAUGAGGCGGUGCUCUACAAAUACAUUUGUACUUGAAAUACAUUUAGCCUAUGUAAUGUUACGUUACUAAUAAAAAACAUAACGCUUUCAUUAUAAGAAGCAAGACCGCGUUCAGGUUAUGUGAAUUAAAGGCAAUGUUAAAUAUUAGGAGAAGUAAUGCAAUGGAAAAGACAAAGACGUUUUUGAUUUUUUCCGACAGUACCCGAAGGCAACAAAAAUUCAAAAAGUAUGGCGGCGGAGUGUUUGACAACCAUAACAGAGCAAUGGAUACGGGAGAGAUUACAAUUAAAGCAUCCCUGUCUGGGUGAUGUCCGCUCACUGAGCCUCCCGGGGACAUAUGAAGAGAAGAUCAGACAUUUGGGAAACGCACUGAAUAACUUUGUCCGUCUGAAGUCAUUGGACCUGUCCUGCAAUGCGCUCGUCUUUGUUGAGGGGGUUCAACAUUUGAAAGUGCUGGAAAGGCUCAUCCUGUACUAUAACUGCAUACCUUCCCUUGAAGAGGUGAAAGUGUUGUACGAGCUGCCAGUUUUGAGAGAGCUGGACCUCAGGCUCAACCCUCUGACCAAAAGUUACCCACAAUACCGGCUUUGUCUGGUGCAUGCCAUGCCCAACCUACGCAAACUAGAUGGCUGUUCAGUCAGAGACACUGAGCGCAAAGCUGCCAUAAUGCAGUUCUCCUCUGACCUUCUACCUCAGCAGAAGAGCUCAUCUCUGAAUCAAAUUGCUGACCAAAGAAGCAGUGAUCAGAGACUGGCUUUAGUUGAGAACUUUACCAAGAGGCUCUCUCUCCUGACUGAGACUGAGGAUAUCAUGUUAAAUUUUGUUGCGACGAAUCAUGGAGGCCAAAGUGAAACUCAGUCCCACUCAGUUCACAAGGAGGCAGAAGAACCCAAAGAGGACGAAUCAAAAGAUUUUACAGAACAGAGAAGUUCUACGCCAAAACAGGAGACUGCUAAAUCCAUCCUGAGGUACCCCCCUACAAAAUAUGGUACGUUAAUAGAUAACACAAUGUCCAAAGUGCCACACAUGAAAGAACCGUCUCAUAAAAGAAGCUCCACCUCAUCAAAAGUGACUGAAAGACCAAAGGUGUCCUUUGGCCCCUAUGUAGAGAAAUACAGACCUGUGCCUGGAAUACAAACGCAAAAGGACUUCCCCAAACAAAUCAGACAUGCAGCCAAGGGACAUUAUACCCCUAAUCCUGAUCAAAGUCUUCGUCAUAGUUCCUCAUUAGUUAAUAUCCGGCCUCCCAGUCCACGUCGUCCUGGUUUGAAUUUGUCUGACCCCUCCAACCCCCUCUUACAUCCUCCGAGACUAACCUACUCUAGCUUCAACAAGACAGAAGGGGGCUCCAGCCUGCCGCAGCAGGGGGAAAAGAAAAAAAGGGGUAGUUAUAGGAAACCCCUGGAGAUGCUCCUCAACCUCGUGGACAAACACUGGAUGGGAGAGAGAUCACUGCAUCAUAACAACAACUUCCUGUCUCAGGCAGUCCAGAUCCUUUCUAUGAUGGAAAACGAUGUUUCCAGUAGGGAGGCUGAGGUCAGGACCUUAAGACGGGAAGCUGAUGCACUGAGCUUUCAAGCAGCUGCACAGGAGGAAGAGCACAAAACUGAAGUCCGUAACCUCUCCGCUCAGCUGGAGGAAGCUCGCAGUGCAGUUGGCAAACUAAAUGAACAGCUGAGGAUUGUCUUGGAGGAAAAUGUUGCUCUACAAAAACAGCUCAUCAAGUUAGAACGACAGUAUCUAAAGACUAUGAUGAAAAGUUCACCUAUUACUCAGAUUAAAGAGGCUCAGACAGAAGUGGAAGAGCUGAGGAAAGAGAUCGAGGGGUUGAGGGAGAAAGUCCUGGAGGCUGAGAAAGUCAAGGAUUUGUCAAAUAUGUUGCAAGAAAGCCACAGGUCCCUGGUGGCUACCAACGAGUGUCUGCUAGCUGAGAUGAAGGGAAGUGGGGAACUUUAAAAAGUAAUUUGAAUGAUGCACACUGGGAUAAAACUAUCAAAGCAAGACUAUGCCGAGCGUCAUAUUGGCGUUGCAUUUGCUGCAAGAGGCCCAGCAGCUACAGACUGUUUUUAAUCAUUUUUACUUUGUCACUGCAGUGUACAUUUAUUUUCUGUAUGUUUUAAGUUCCUAGCCCUUUUGAAAAAAAAAAGUUUAUUAUUUCUUUUAAAACAAUCUGUAUAGGCUCUGUUUGCUUGAUGUAAACCAUAAUGGGGAAAAGCAAUUAAUUCAAGGACGCUUGUGUAUAAGUGUGUGACAGGGCUGUUAUGUUAAAUGAUAUU